AUGUUGAGCGACGAUUCGCGUCAUGUAUUUGAGGUGGUCAACCUCGUUUUCCUCAGCAGUCUCAUCGCGCUGUUCGGCAUCGUCGCUAACAUUAUCAACAUUAUCAUCUUCUACCGCCAAGGUUAUCGUAGCACUGUCAACAUCAGCUUCACCGGGUUGGCCGUCUCCGACCUCUGCAGCCUGGUUGUCAUGCAAUGGUACAACCUCUGUUUCAACCCGCUCUUUGUCAACUCCGGGGUGCCGAUGAUACCUGCGCAGGUGCAGCACCUGACAGGUGGGAUGCCACACCUGUGUUUCACGCGAAUCACCGGCUGGAUCACCGUUUACAUCACCGCUGAAAGGUGUCUCUGCAUUUCUUCGCCGUUAAAAAUUAAACGCAUCCUCACACCGAAAAGAUCAUGUCUAAUAAUUGUAACAAUUUACGUCACUUGUUUUCUAACACUUGUACCAGAAUACAUGUCAACAUUCAUCGGCUGGCAGUUUGACCCAAAGACCAACACAUCGCUGUUAUCACUCAUCCACGCAUCAGACUCACACGGGUUAGACGGUGUGAGUUUUUUACUUUUCGGUAUUUACAUGAUCCUCUCUUUUCUCAUUGUCGGAGUCUGCACUUCCGUUCUCGUUUACAAAUUGAGAAGUAAAAGUCAAUGGCGUCAGAAAUCAACGGGCCAAAUUAACCAGGCCGGGGAAGUGUCUCCACGGGAUCAGAAAACUAUCCGCACGGUCAUCGUCAUCGCCUCAGUCAUGAUCGUGUUUUUCACCCCCUCGGUCAUCAUCACGGUCUUCGUGUUCGUCGUGCCAGAGUUCAAGGUCACCGGAGGACUGUCCAACCUGUUUCUCGUGGCUUGGACGUUCGGCAUGCUCUUCGAGGUGGUGCACUCAAGCGUGACCUUGGUCUUGUACUAUGCCAUGAGUUCCAAGUACAGGCAUAGCUUCAGGCAGCUUUUUUGCUUGGUCAAAAAACCGAACAUUGGCGAAACUAACACAAACACGGAUAUAGCUCUAUAA